UCCGUUGCUCAGGUCUCCACACCUCUUAGCAGUAACUCCCUUUAUCUUCUUGGGUCAAAACUUUUGAGGUGGGCUGGAUAUCUAGCAGAAGGGGAGAAGGGUAGACCAGGGCGCACCAGGUGGAGGCGCUUCAGCACCUCGGCCAGCGCCCGCCGCAGCAGGUCCCAGCUUCUGAGCUCCCGGACUCCCUACUCCUAGACGCCUGCGGAAUGAUCGCCCCCCAGGGCGGCUGCCGCUGCUGCCGCUGCUGCUACUGCUGCCGCCGCCGCCGCCUCUGCCUCCACUCUUCUCUGACUGGCAGGCAGAAAGUGCAACUGACGUGGGAAAGGUCUCCGCAGUGAGUCGAGUGGCUACAUAAAACAGAGUAAAGAGAGGCAAAAACCCACAUCACAAUGCAGGCGAGGUCCAGCCUUCUCAACCUCCUUCUUCUGUCUUUACUUGCUGGAUUAGAUCCUUCCAAGACUCAGAUUAGCCCCAAAGAAGGGUGGCAAGUGUACAGCUCAGCGCAGGACCCUGAUGGGCGAUGCAUUUGUACAGUGGUGGCUCCAGAACAAAACCUGUGUUCCCGGGAUGCCAAAAGCAGGCAGCUCCGUCAGCUGUUGGAAAAGGUACAGAAUAUGUCCCAGUCUAUAGAAGUCUUAAACUUGAGAACUCAGAGAGAUUUCCAGUACGUCUUAAAAAUGGAAACCCAAAUGAAAGGGCUGAAGGCCAAGUUUCGGCAGAUUGAAGAUGAUCGGAAGACACUAAUGACCAAGCAUUUUCAGGAAUUGAAAGAGAAAAUGGAUGAGCUACUGCCCCUGAUCCCAGUUUUGGAGCAGUACAAGACAGAUGCAAAGCUCAUCACACAGUUCAAGGAGGAAAUUCGGAACCUGUCCUCAGUCCUCACUGGGAUUCAGGAGGAAAUCGGUGCCUAUGACUACGAAGAGCUCCACCAACGGGUUCUCAGUUUGGAAACCAGGCUGCGAGACUGCAUGAAAAAGCUAACAUGUGGCAAAUUGAUGAAAAUCACAGGCCCCAUCACAGUCAAGACAUCUGGAACUCGAUUUGGUGCUUGGAUGACGGAUCCCUUAGCAUCUGAAAAACAUAACAGAGUCUGGUAUAUGGACAGUUACACUAACAAUAAAAUAGUUCGUGAAUACAAGUCCAUUGCAGACUUUGUCAGUGGAGCUGAAUCAAGGACAUACAAUCUUCCUUUCAAGUGGGCAGGAACUAACCAUGUUGUCUACAAUGGCUCACUCUAUUUUAACAAGUAUCAGAGUAAUAUCAUCAUCAAGUACAGCUUUGAUUUAGGGAGAGUGCUAGCCCAAAGAAGCCUGGAGUAUGCUGGCUUUCACAAUGUAUAUCCCUACACAUGGGGUGGAUUCUCUGACAUCGACCUAAUGGCUGAUGAAAUUGGGCUGUGGGCUGUGUAUGCAACUAACCAAAAUGCAGGCAAUAUUGUCAUCAGCCAGCUUAAUCAAGAUACCUUGGAGGUGAUGAAGAGCUGGAGCACCGGCUAUCCCAAGAGAAGUGCAGGGGAAUCCUUCAUGAUCUGUGGGACUCUGUAUGUCACAAACUCCCACUUAACUGGAGCCAAAGUGUAUUAUUCCUAUUCCACAAAAACUUCCACAUAUGAGUACACGGACAUCCCCUUCCAUAACCAAUACUUUCACAUAUCCAUGCUUGACUACAAUGCAAGAGAUAGAGCUCUUUAUGCCUGGAACAAUGGCCAUCAGGUCCUGUUCAAUGUCACCCUGUUCCACAUCAUUAAGACUGAAGAUGACACAUAGGCAAAUGUCAUUUGUUUUUAUCUAUCUUCACUGUCAUUUAUGAUAAACUCUAUAGGAACCUGUCUGUGUUCAUUUUUUUUCUCCUUGAUUGACUUGUCAUCAUUUCUCCAAAGUGAAGUAUUUUAUUGUAUAUUUGGAGUUUCAAAAAAUAUUUGUCUAAGUUAAUGUGUUGUUGGAAACACAUGUUAACUGCUAAAUUCACAGGGCCUAUCAUGCCCUUGUCAUGCAAAGCACUAAAAAGAGUUUAAGUGGCUAGAGUCUUAGUUUUGCAAAAGAUUAAUGAUCUGCCUUGUCUUAGAACCAGACUAAUGGUGGCUUAAAUGCAUGAAUGUCUUCUUUUUUGAACUGUCAUUUUUUUACUGUCUCUUGCUCUACAUUAAAAAAUAUUUUCAUAGGAAUUAAGGUAAAAGAAAAGCACUUUCUCCCAUUUAUUUCUACAAAAAGAUUUAAAGAUUUUAUUUAUAUGGAAAUUACUAUCAAUCAUGUUGCUGUUACCACAUUUUCUGAUGCGGUGCUGUGCAGCCAUUUCGAAAUCUCUUGCUGACAUUUUCUUGGCAAUAUGUAUUUUUAUCAUUGUAACCACCAUCGUACAAUUGUAUUUCUUCACUUCUGUGAAAGUCAUAUUUUUUAUAAAGUGCACUAAAAUUUAAUCUCAGUAAUUAUUCAAGUCAGUUUUCAAUUGUGGUCGAGAAAGAUCUUCUUGGCUUACCCCUUCACAUAAGCACUAUAAACUUAAAAAAAAAUCAAACCAGGGAUCCUAUACAGUAUCUUUGUUUUGUCCUAAGUUCGUUCUACCAUUGGCUCUGAAUUUGAACACAAAUUCAAUGUCAUAAUACCCUGUUUCCUGGAACUAUCCCACAUAAUUGUUGAUAAAAUACGUAGCUGUGUUAUAAAGUCUAUAUUUGAUUCUAUUCAUUUAUCAUAUUAGUGUUAUUAUGAACAUACAUAUUAGUAUUUUAACAUAUUUUACAUGUAACUUUCAAUAAUGCCAUUUCUUAUAUAAUAUGAAGCACAUGAAGAGUAUUAAGGAAAGAAAAAAAUGUGUAAUUUUUUCUAUAUUAAAAUUAUGAACCACGAAGAGUUAAUGGCAAGCUUGUACAAAAGAAAAUGAUGAAAAGAAUUGGGAGUUGUCUUGUUUCAAAUGUAUUAAUAACCAAUUCAGAAAAUGAAAUAAGAAGGCAAUCUCCAGAUACCUUGCCUCAUAGUGGGUUCAAAUUUAAGGAAUAUAAGAAAACAAAACUUUGAUAUUUAUGUUACUAACUCUACAGAACCUAAAAUCAAAUAUUGAACAUGCCAAUGAGUUUAGAAGUACUUUCCAUAUGUUAAAAAGAAUUCCCCAGGGCAGCUUUAUUAAAAUUAAUGAAGUUGUAUUUUAGAUUUUUAAAAAUAUAUGCUAAAAUAAAUAAUAUAUAACUGAAAGUAUAAAUUUUUAUGUCAUACAUAUAUAAUACCACAUUUUUAAAACAAGCAUAUGAUAAUGCAGACAAAGCACUCUAUAAACAGAUAUUGAUAUUUAGAGUAAUUCAUUUUAAAUCCUGCAAGUGAAGAGUUAUCCUCAAAUAUCCCAUCAAAAUUGGAGAAUCUAAUUACUUAAUCUUGAAACUCAAGGUUGAAUGAGUAGUUACUUUUUGUUAAUAAAACAUAAGUAUGAUCUCAUGGGCACCCUGUGGUUUUUUUAAUACUAGUGACUUCUCUUCCCAAACAUUUAUGUAAGUUCUCUUCUACAAAUGAGAGUUGGAAAAUUUAGGAGAUUCAUUUGUCAUACUACACAUAUCACAAAAAUAAGCAGUUCAUACUUUAUAUAGCAAUUUGUAUAAGAUUAAAAAAAUCAUGUCAGUUUUAGAAAUGAAUCAAUUUUUAGGUAGACAGACUCUAAUAGGAACCAUUCUUUUUACGUUAUGUGGUGUCACAUACAUUUAAAAUAUGGAUGAUCAUGGCUUAUUUGUGAGGUGCGCAUCUUGUACAAAGCCUUGUUGUUUUCUAUGUAUGAUGUCUUCAUCUAUCCAAUAUAUAGUGUAUGUGCUGCUAGAGUAAGCUAAGAUUUUAUUGUUACUAGAAGUGGGGUAACAUGAGCUUAAAAUAUGACUUGCAUUAAAUAUUUACAGUUUAUGAGCAUUUCCUUAAUAAAUUAUGUUCAGUUUUGUGCCUGAAAUAAAUAAGAACUUAAUCACUGUUUCCUUUUUAAUCUCCAGCAAAUAAAGUAAUUUUAUGAGGAAAAUAAUCGGUAUUUUAAAAUCAUCCAUAGAAUGAAUCCAAGCAGUGCAGAAAUCUAAAGUCAGAAAAUCUUCAUCUGAAGUGAGCAAUGUAACUGGUAUUUUCUAAAUUAAUCAGCUCAUUAAAGUACUCGGUGUCAUUCAAAUAAUAUGUCUGUGUUUGGGUUGUGUUGGUGUGGUAUUUGUAUUUGUGAACCUUGAAUCACAAGGCUUAUUAUUUGCAUCUAAAUUUAUCUCUACAAGUUCAGAUAAUGAUAAUCUUCCAUUGCAUUAACAAUGUUGGAAAUAAAAGAGAAAUAGCAGAUACAG